GGGCGGGGAGAACCCCCUCGCCGCCGUGGGGUCGCAGCCAAUCGGCGCUGGCUGCGCUCAGCCCCUCUCCGGCCGCCAUUUUGUGGGAGGGCGCUGGCGAAGGGCAGAGCGCGGCGGCGGGACGGCAGCGGCUGAGGACAAGCAGCCAUGGCUGGCCAUGACUCGGGAUCUCAACACCAGUUCACUGGAUUUCAGAAGUACUUCAAUUCCUAUACCAUCACAGGCAGGAGGAACUAUGUAAUAGCAACAUACACAGGUGUUGCAAUGCUCGUCUUGUAUUUCAAGCUUAGGCCUAAAAAGAAAACUCCUGCUGUGGCAGAUAAGUAAAUGGUUGCUGGCAUGUCUGAACCUCCAAUCUGUGUCACUGUAAUGGAAGCUGAUGAUCUGUUAUGGCUAAUAAAAUAAUUACUUGUUCUAUUGGAAAUAUGAAAUGGUUGCAAAAAAGCAUAAAUGUGGCUUUUUUUUUUUUUCUCUGUCAAAACCAGUUACUUGUAGUGGAGAUGGAGUAGCUGAUUCCUGUCAUUACUAUCUUAACUCUUUUGCUGUUAAAACAUCCUAAAGCUUUCUGAGCACCCGGGAAAGACCUGAGCAGUGUGCCCAUAAUGCCAGCACAGAGCUUACAACCCAUCAAAGCACCUCCACACGUCCACGUCCCAGUGGGUAACAAUAAGCUUAUGUGGUUUGCAGUCACCUGUUUGCUCCCACUUUUUGCAUUCCAAGCUGGUAGUGUACGCGGAAGCCGUGACUUCUUCACAGUUAAGACAACACAUAGCACAACUUCUGCCUCAGUUGUCUGUAUUUUGCAUAGAACCUGUUUGGUUUUGAUGGAAAACCUCCCAGAAUAGACUGAUAAAAUUACAGUAUUUGAGCUUUUACUGUCACUGGCCUCUCUUGCAGAGGUGACUGCCAGGAAGAAAAUGGCAGAUAUUAAGCUCUCAUAAUUCUGUGUGUUCAUAAACAGUGACUGAAGUAUUCGGGUCCUUAUUCUUCCUGGACGUAGCCUCUUAAUAAAUGAGGUGUUCUACCCCAGUUAGAUACAUACAUCCCCCUCCCUGCCCAACACUAACAUUUUUCCAUGGUGUUCUCCACAGCAUCUUUCAAUAUCUCAAUUAAAACUGAGUACCUUGCUUAGAUGUCCCGUUGAUGCAGAUAUGAUUAUAUGGCACUGUGCUUUGUGGAAGGGUGCCAGCAGCAGGGGUUGAACGCAGGACUUCUGAUGCUAAAGCACGUGAAUACACUUCCCAAACUGAGGGCAGCCAGGGGUAGCCAUGGUUACUGAAAAAAAAAAGAGAUAAAUAACAGUCUUUGUGCUCUCACUCUCGUUCAUGUGUUCUUAGAGCUAUUUGUACACGCUGGGCCUUCUGAAUAAAUUUAGUCUUCUUCCUCU